AUGCCUGCUUGGUGGAAGCAAGAUCCCUUUUCGGCGAAGUGGGCGACCAUUGCCGAAGCCUACGGCGUCUUGCGCGGCGCGCGAGAGAAGGAGGACGCACCUCUGGAUCAGUUCAUCGCAAUCGCUGUACCUCACAUCGAUAUCAUUUCCCUUGCUCAAUAUCCAGGAGUCAUGGGUUGGGCAGUGAUUCUACCCGGCGACGCCGACGAGGCUAAGAUAUCAAGCGUUCAGCGUCUCUUCGCCCCAAGCAUCAGCCAGCUGCCUGCGGCCUAUACCUCCACCAAGGUCAGCGCAGGUACUGCCAAUGGCCAUGCCGCUCUCAGCAUGGCAGUUCAACCUACUGCGCAAAUCCCAGCAUCUUUCACCCCUGAGACCAGCGAGUCUCCGGUCACACCUUUGGUCGGCCCAGCCGAUGAGCUGCUCCUCAGCCCUCUCAGCGUCAGACUGCAGGGUGAGCUUGAGAUUGCCCUUGGCAUGAAGCAGGCAGACGGCAACAAUGCCUUCACUGCUGUGAAGGAGACCGUCACCGAGGCCAGCUCAUAUCCAUACAACAACAUGUUCGACCCCACCAGCGAGUUUGAGAUGUCGUUCUUCGACACCGCCGCAGACAACGAGGCCAUGGCCGACAGCGGUGCAUUCGCCACCUUCAGGCCCUCGGCCGACAUGACCAUGGAGGACAUGCUCAACCUCGACUACAACACGUACAUCAACGAGACAAGCUUUGUCUAA